UAAAGUGAUAUUAGCCUCAAAUGUAAACGAAGCUAUUUUUAAAAUAUUGUCAGAUUGGAACACUACGCGCCUGUGUUCUCCCAUAAUUCCUCAGUUCAUCACAAAAUAAAAUAUGGCAGACGAACUUGAAAGUGAAUCUGCUGUGGCUCUGCUGGAGUUUAAGAAUGGUAGGAAAAUGACUAACGACGACAUGCAUGUGAAACAAGAGGCUGUGGAUGAUGAUGAAGACAGUAAUAUGGAAAUUGACGAAGACGACAUACCCAAGCUUGGGCCUGCUGCUCUUGGGCUUCAGCGUGUUGGUGCACCGUCUACGCCCAAGCAGGGGUUAUCACAACCUCCACAAGUGCUGAACGCCAGAGGGAUGCCGGCAAGGAUACGUAAGAAAAACAAGCUAUAUUACGAUGAUGACAUCAUUAACACACCUCACCAUCGAGUACCGUCGUCUAAGAAGUCCACCCCCAUUUCCAACAAGAAGCAGAAGAUCGUUACUCCAACACGAACAAUGAAAGAAGCCCCAAAACCUACACCAACGCCAAAGAAAUACGCUUUAAACAGAGAGGGCAGACCUCAAAGUAUGUCACCGGUUCCACAACAAUCGCCCGAUCGAAAAAUAGGCCAGAAAAUCGGAAUGAGGUUAAGAAAUUUGCUCAAACUUCCCAAAGCACAUAAGUGGGUAUGUUACGAGUGGUUCUACAGUAACAUCGAUCGGUGCCUGUUUGCGGGCGAAAACGACUUUACCAUAUGCCUCAAGGAGUCCUUCCCGGAGCUAAAGACGCGCGAUCUCACUCGAAUCGAAUGGACUAAAGUACGCCGUAUGAUGGGUAAACCUCGUCGUUGCUCUCAAUCCUUUUUUAACGAGGAACGAUUAGAAUUAGAAAAGAAACGGAACAAAAUACGGGCGCUGCAACAACGAAAGGCCACAGACAUGUCAAGCUUUAAAGACCUACCCCCCGAAAUACCAAUGCAGCUCGUAAUCGGAACCAAAGUGACCGCGCGCAUUCGAAAACCACAAGACGGUCUGUUCACCGGUAGCAUAGACGCUGUAGAUACCUCCAACAACACUUACCGGAUAACAUUCGAAAGACACGGUUUAGGAACUCACUCGGUACCUGACUACGAAGUUCUCUCAAACGAACCUCCAGACACGAUGACGACCCUCAACUUUCAGCAUAAAUUCAGGCCACGCAACGGCAUUUCGCCCUACGGCAGUACAAACAAAAGUCCCGCUCUCACCCACUUUAAAAAACGUGAUCCUCUACUAGCAAGUUCGGGGAUUAGGCCGACUCUCUCGCCGGUCGAUGGUCACAUCGGAAGUUUUCCCGUCAAACUUCUGGAAAAAAUAGUUCUAGUGACGAAAAUUCUAACGGUGAAGAAGGCGAAAAUUAAACUACUGAAAAGCAUGAAUACGGAGGCGGAAAAGUUCAGUUCGUUUGAAACGUUAAUGCCCGACAACUUCGAGAGGAAGUACGCGAGCAUUCUAAUCGACUUGGAGAAGCUAAAUCACGAUCUCAAGAAUUAUCUCGACGAGAUUCAAGUGCACUGCCACGAAAUCGCUCCAGAACCUAGUGUCGCCGCAAUGUUGGCGCCGAGUUUAUUACGUGAAAAGUGUCGCGAGGAAGCCACCGAAAUUGUGCAACGUAACAAUACAGUUAUAGCGUCGGAUAAAGGCCCCGUGACGAAUGCGUCAAUACUCGAGUUAAUUACCGACUUAACCGCCCUUAUGUUACAAGUUAAAAGUCUGUCGGAUUCGGACCAAAAUGCUUAUGAGUUGCAGGUACUGCAAGGUACAAUGGAGGUUGUAAAAAGAAAAUUAACGGUAUCGAAUCAGUUAGCUUUUCAAAAUCACGUCGAGGUUCAUAUGAAACACAUACAAAAAGGUCUCGGCCAGGCUUCAAAUAAAUCAUUACCAACUGCAGAAACAAAAUGAUACAAUUUUGUUUUUAUCUUGUAUAAAUGGUUGUAAGAUUUAUUAGCAGCCUGUGCAAUACCCAUUUUUUAAAUGUGAUCCCUAUCGUAAAUGUAAUUUUAUUUUUACUGAUUUUUUUGUGAAUUUUACAGGUUAUUGACCGAAUUUUUGGAAUUUUUCAAGUGAAAUGAUUUAUUGCGCGUGUUUCAUUCAUAUGAUUAAGAAAUAAACGACAUUUUUUUAUUUUCCAACAUAUGUAUAAAUAAGAACCAAGGUUUAGAUCAAUAAGGAAAGGUUAUAGUUUUAUGCAUGUAUAAAUAAUUGUGAUGUUAAUGUAAAAAGUUUUGAAUAUAUAUAAUUAAUUUCAA